AUGAUAAAAACUGGGGUCACAUGUGACCUAUUCCCAAAUAGCCGUAGGUCUUGGGGCCGAGUAGGCUCUCUGCGCGGCAGGGUGCAGGGUCAGAUUCGCCGUAGGUCUUGGGGCCGAGUAGGCUCUCUGCUCCCAUCUCUCAGGACUUAUCGUCCGGAGCCUGCGGAGAGCCACCUCGAAAACAAUAACACAAACAAAAGGAUGAACUCGUUUCACAAUCAAUUUCCAUCAACACCUACAAGCACCUCACAUCUUUCGAUGGUUUUAUCAUUUUCGGGGGGGAAUGGAAGAUCGUGGAAUAGAUGCCACGAUCUGAUGCCAGUUAUGUAUUUCAGCAAGCCCACACUGCGAAAUCCCAUAACAGGUCUUGACUUAAAGGUAUUCUCUAAGGUUGAUUGUGUCCAACUUCCACACAAUAAUUAUAGAACGAAGGGAAAGAAGGAAGGGAAAUUGAUCUGCGUCGUUAUCUCCAGAGGUCACCCGUUUAACCGCAAUGUCACAAUCAAGUAUUGGCGGAAUAGACUAUGA